AUGGGUGUCGAGGAGCUCGCCUGCUGCAUACGAGACCGGUUUGGGCUGGCGCGUCACAUUUCGGUGGACAUCGUGGCCGAGGGGCCAACACGCGCGCUUGGCGAUGGAUCUACCGUCCAUGUCCGUGGUCUGCCGUCCGCAAGAUUGCAGGCCAGACCUCCGUCUCCACCGGCCGUCACUGGCCCUGGUGAGAAGUCGACGGAGCUUGCGGCAGAGCGCGCCCUGUGCGCGUGGAUGCGGACGAGCCUUGCGACGAGUAAGAUGAUGUUUGUUUUUGGCAUUUUGCCGAUCGCCCUAGACGAGCACCUGAAGCUGACAAUAGCUGUGUCCAUCAGCAUCGCCUUGACUGUGGCAGCCCUGUCCGCACUGUUCGCGGGAUGGCACCGACAUCGACAACUUCUCCACCACGGUGUGGCGCUUUCAAGACGCAUUGACAUCCGGCCCGCUUUGGGCAGCGUCGGCUUGUACGUGAUCAUUUGCUGCCUAUGUGUUCUGCUGAAGAGCUAG